AUGUAUGAAGAGGUUAAAUCAUUUGGUCAACAAUUGGAUGGUGAAGUUGGUAAACCCGUUGACUUGGUUCAUCAAAUACACACAAGUACUUUGAACAUCAUUUUAAAGGCCACUGCAAGUAUUCCUUUAGAUGAUUUAAGCGAAGAUAAAGAAAGAUAUGUCGAACUAGUUAACAAAGUGGAAAAAAAUGCUGUUAAACGAGUUGUGAACCCAUUUUAUCAACUUGAUUGGAUGUUCAAGUUAUUCAAGUUUAGUCAAGUUUAUUAUAAAACCAUUAAAAAUUUCGAGAAAGCUACAGAUAAAAUAUUAAGCCGAAGAAAACAACUGUUAAAGAGUUCACCCUCGAAUGAAACAGAAAACCAGGAUUUCGUUGAUUUACUUGAAGGUAAAGUCGAGAGACAAGGACUGUACAAUGAACUGGUAACUCUUAUUGGAGCUGGACAUGAAACAACAGCAGUCGCUUUACGCUGGCUUUUAUUCAAUCUCGGCAAUCAUUUAGAUGUACAAGAAAAACUGUAUCAAGAGAUCAGUGAAGUUUUUCUCGGUGAUACACCAUUGAAUGAUACGGAUAAAAUCAAAGAAUGCAUUUAUCUCGAUCAAUGCGUAAAAGAGUCACUUCGCUUGAAUCCAACCGUAGUGGGUGUUUCGAGAGAACUUGAAGAGGACAUAAUCCUAAAUGAUACAAAACUAAUCAAAGGUUCAAUUUGCGGUGUAGCAUCUCUAGCAGUUCAUCACGACCCAAAUGUUUAUCCCAACCCAACAAAAUAUGAUCCUGAUAGAUGGAGUCCUGAAAAUGCCUCUAAAAUACCUAAAACAGCUUUUAUACCUUUUGGUUAUGGACCACGAAUCUGUAUUGGAUACCGAUAUGCAAUGUUAGAGCUCAAGAUUUAUACAGCUCAAAUCAUUCGUAAAUUUAGUUUAAGAUCAACUCGACCGCAUGGAAGUGUUUCAAUGCUGUAUGAAGUUACUUUUCAGCCAUCCUUGCCUUUGGAAAUAAUAAUGACACCAAGAAAUAACAAUCAAUCAAAUUUGUAA